ACGCUCGGAAGGGCGAGGGGAGGGCUUGGCCUCUCGCGCCUAGUUUCCUGGUCGCUCCCCGAGCCGGGUCUCUGGGCCAUCCUCAGCGAGCGCCCAGGGGCGACAGGGUCCCCGAGAGCUUGGCUAUCUCCACAGAUUUCCUUCAGUAAGAAGUGGCUCUCGAAGCUCUGCUGAAACAAGUGUGGUGUGUGAUCUCAAGGUGUGAUGGCUGCAAAAGUGGUUCCUAUGCCCCCAAAGCCAAAGCGGUCUUUUAUUUUGAGAGUUCCUCCAGACUCCAAGCUGGGUCAAGACCUACUUCGAGAUGCUACUAGUGGGCCCAAGACCAUCCACCAGCUGGUUCUGGAGCACUUCCUUACCUUCUUGCCCAAGCCAAGCAUGGUCCAGCCCAGUCAGAAAGUCAAGGAGACCUUGGUUAUUAUGAAGGAUGUGAGCUCAGACCUUCAGAACAGAGUGCAACCUCAUCCCUUAGUGAAGCUUCUGCCCAGAGAAGGAAUCCGGCAGAAACAGGAGACGGUGUCUCUGUGUUUAAAAGAUAAGCCUGAGGAGCUGAUGGUCUUUGAGGAUUUGAAUGUAUUUCACUCCCAAGAAGAAUGUGUGAACCUGGAUCCUGUCCAACAGCCCAACUCAGAGAAGGAAGGAGACAGUGUUGGGGAGAUGAUGCUACUCGGUGGCCCAGUGUUUCGUUGGUUCAAAUCCUGGGCGCGGACAUGGCAUUAUGGGAAUCAGAAACUUACACUGGUGGUGAGGUAG